AUGAUUUUUACAAUUGAUGAAAUCAACAGAAGCAACAGCUUGCUGCCAAAUAUCUCAAUUGGUUACAAAAUUUAUGACAAUUGUCUCUCAAGAUUGUUAUCUAUGAAGGCAGCCAUGGCUUUGAUGAAUGGUAUGGACAUAACAGUGGACUAUGCAUGCUCUGGACAAGCAGUAGUACAAGCCAUCAUAGGGGAGUCAGAGUCUACUCCUACUAUAGCACUUACAAAAACUACAGGACCUUUUAUGAUCCCAGUGAUAAGUCAUACUGCCACAUGUGAAUGUUUGAGCAACAAAAAAGAGUACCCAUCCUUCUUCAGGACCAUAGCAAGUGACUUCUACCAGAGUAGAGCAUUGGCAUAUUUGGUCAAGCACUUUGGCUGGUCUUGGGUUGGAGCUCUGUACAGUGAUAAUGACUAUGGCAACAAUGGAAUGGCCAUUUUUCUAAAUGCAGCCAAAGAGGAGGGAAUAUGUGUUGAGUACUCUGAGAAGUUUGACCGGUCAGAUCCUGCCAAAAUCAUGAAAGUGGCUGACAUUAUUAAGACAGGCACAGCCAAAGUAAUCAUUGUAUUUCUGGCCUACUUUGAUAUGAAUAUUCUAAUAGAGCAACUUAUUCGAAGGAAUGUCACUGGCUACCAGAUGAUUGGUGUUGAGGCAUGGAUUUCUGCUGUCGAUCUAGUAACACCAGCAAGUUACAACAUAUUGGCUGGAGCCAUUGGUUUUGAUGUGGGAAAAUUGAACAUUGAUAACUUUGCUGACUAUGCUGUCAAUGAGUUUUGGCAAACAGUUUUCCCUUGCUUGCACUCAAAGGGAAAUAUUUCUCAAACUGAAAACAACUGCAGAAAAUAUGAAGAUAUGAUUCACUUUAAAAACUACAGUGAAGAUAUAUCUGAACUGAGGUAUGCAAAUAACCUGUACAAUGCAGUUUAUGCUGUGGCACAUUCUCUACACAGCCUGUUGAGAUGCACAGAAAACCAGAGUUGUGAGAAAUACAAAACAAUACAACCAUGGCAGGUUGUUAAAUCUCUAAAAAAGGUUAAUUUUACCACCAAAUUAGGAGAUCAGGUGUGGUUUGACAGCACUGGGGCAACAGCUGCAAAGUUUGAAGUGGUGAAUUGGCAACGGGGUUUCAAUGGAGAAGUGCAGUUUAAGGUUGUGGGCUAUUAUGAUGCCUCACUGCCAAAUGGACAACAAUUUGUCCUAAAUGCUGAAGAUAUAGUGUGGGCUGGAGAAAAACGAGAGAAGCCCAGGUCUGUGUGCAGUGAGACCUGUCCUCCAGGAACCAGGAAAGCUGCACAGAAAGGAAGGCCUGUCUGCUGUUAUGACUGUAUACCAUGUGCAGAGGGAGAGAUCAGUAACCAGACAGAUUCAAAUAACUGUGAGCAGUGUCCAGGGGAAUACUGGUCUAAUGCUGAGAGAGAUAAAUGUAUCUUAAAGGUCAUAGAGUUUCUUUCAUUUACAGAAGUUAUGGGGAUAGUACUGGUAGCAUUUUCUUUAGUUGGAGCGGCAUUAACUGUGUUAGUCGCUAUUUUAUUUCUAACAGCAAAGGACACUCCCAUUGUUAAGGCCAACAACUCUGAGCUGAGCUUCCUGUUGCUGUUCUCCCUGACUCUAUGUUUCCUCUGUUCACUUACAUUCAUUGGACAGCCCUCUCACUGGUCCUGUAUGUUGCGCCACACAGUGUUUGGGAUCACCUUUGUCCUCUGUAUCUCCUGUGUACUGGGGAAAACAGUAGUAGUGUUAAUGGCAUUCAAGGCUACACUUCCAAGCAGUAAUGUCAUGAAAUGGUUUGGGCCUCUACAGCAGAGACUCAGUGUUCUUGCUUUCACUCUCAUACAGGUCCUUAUUUGUGUGCUUUGGUUAACAGUUUCUCCUCCUUUCCCCUACAAGAACAUGAACUACUACAAGGAAAAGAUCAUAUUAGAAUGUAACUUGGGCUCAUCUAUAGGUUUCUGGGCUGUGCUGGGUUAUAUUGGAGUUCUUGCUUUCUUGUGCUUUCUUUUAGCUUUCCUAGCUAGAAAGCUGCCAGAUAAUUUUAAUGAAGCUAAAUUCAUCACAUUCAGCAUACUCAUAUUCUGUGCUGUGUGGAUAACCUUUAUUCCAGCUUAUGUCAGCUCUCCUGGAAAAUUUACUGUAGCUGUGGAGAUAUUUGCUAUUUUGGCCUCCAGUUUUGCUCUACUGUUCUGCAUAUUUACACCUAAAUGUUAUAUUAUUCUGUUUAAACCAGAACUAAAUACAAAGAAAAAUAUGAUGGGUAAAAUGGCUUCUAAGUCACUUUAAAAAAAAAAAAAAAACAGGUUAUUCAAAUCUGUAACAUAUACACAGGGUUUGGAGGCUUAAGUCAAGAGAAAAGCAGUAUGAUCUAAAAUACUUUUAUUUAGAGCUUAUUUUAGAGCUUGUUGUUCAAUUGUUCAAUGUUUGGAUUUGUUUUAAGAAAAUAAAUAAAUAAAAUAUCACUGUCCCUGAUGCGGGUAACAUUACAUCACAAAAGUUAGGGUGAUCAUAUUCUGGUUUUCCAAAAAGACGACACCUUUUUUUUUUUUUUUUUUUUUCCCCAUGUUUCAAUACUGUUCAAAACUGUGUUACUUUGAAUGCAGAUUUUAUUACACUGAAAAAAGACAUGAUAUUAGCACUAUUAGCAUCACAUAAAAAUACAUAAAUUCUUACAUUCUUUUGAAUGUCCAUGGAAUAAAAUAAAAUAUUAGAUGGCAUGAUUGUACCUUCUGCCAUCAUUUACACAUUUGAAUGACCAUGUAAUACAAAGCAAUGUGAUAACAUGAAAUUAAAAAUGACCUUAUAUGGCCAUGGCCAUUGUUUCAACUCAGGAAAACUGUCAUUUGCUGCUAUUGUAAAGUAACUGUUUGAUCAUGUACACAACAGCACUUCACCUUCCCACAUUCACUGAGAGUAGGCUAAUGGUUGAGAGACAGAAUUUGGCCAAUAGUUGCUGCAAGCCUUUUAUAAUCGACCAAUUGGUGUGCAAGGAGGCUUGAAUUACAGAGAGGAGUUAAAGCAAUACAGUCAUGGGCACACAUGCUGCCAUAUUAGGCCAUAAGCACAUCAUAAUGAAACUAAAGCCGAAUCCCACAUUUUCUCAACUUUAGAAAUACUGGCCGGACCAAAUGUACCUGUAAUCUGAUUAUUUUGUUAUUUGACGUAACUGUAACGGAUUACAGUUACCAGUUUUUGUAUCCUAAUUAUGUAACACCAUUACAUGUAUAACGUUACUCUCCAAGCCUGUUUAUACAUCAUUUUAAGUGAACAAUGUUGAACUUGGACAUACGUAUAAUGUCAAAUAUA